AUGUUUUUCACCAAAUUGUUUGUUGAUAAAGUAAUAUCAGCAAAGCCACGAAGUCACAAGCAAGCAACCAACCAACCAAUUAUUUAUAAAUGUGAUAACAAACUUGUGUUCAAAUAUCUAACGAAAAACUUCACCAGUCAACCUGCUUACUUAUUUACUUGUGCUUUGAGACUUGCUUGA